AUGACGCUUUCGCCUCCAGUGACGGUUUACGCUCAAAGGUCAAAGUUUACGAAAUAUUUCAAAAUGGCGGCGCUCACGUCCUUGCUUCUUAAAUCCAGACCGGGCACGCUGCUGCCCUGUCAACCCUUCUGGGUGGUGUCCACGAGGGAUGCAUCCAAAAAGUCAGGAGGGUCUUGUAAGAAUCAAGGGGGAAAGAGUCCCGGGCGCAGAUAUGGGUUCAAGCAUGUAAAUGGAAGUUUUGUCCAUGCUGGUAACAUCCUAGCUACACAAGGAGCUAUGCGCUGGUAUCCAGGAGCACAUGUUGGCAUUGGAACCAAUAAGACUCUGUUCGCUCUUGAAGAUGGCAUUGUCAGGUUCACCAAGGAAGUGUACGUACCGUCUCCUCGCAGCCAGGAAGGAUUGUCUGUGAUAAAGCUCCCAAAUGGUGCAGUGCUUUAUAAGACUUUCAUCAAUGUUGUCCCAACCAAGCAACAGGGGACCUUCAAACUUGUCGACAUGGUUUGAGACCUGCCCUACCUCCGUCUGCACCCUUUUCACAUCUGAUUUCGAGAACAUGAGUCAUUGGCCACUUUCUUUCCUUCUUUUAGUGUCACAGUUUUGUCUGGAUCUUGAGUUGCUUGGAAAUUGGAGAAUCCCUAUCUUAUUUUAUGUUAUGUUAUGGAAAUACAUGUUUAAGCUGAAUUUGUAAAUAAAAUGAAGUCCUAACAUACAGUUCCAUCAGGCUCUGUGAAAUUUUAAGAGUCAUUCCACAGUAAAUGGACUAGGCUGCUGGAUCUGUUCCUUCAGAAUCCAUUCAUUUUUAAUAUGCAUGUACCUUGCCUAUCUGUAAAGACUCGAGACUGGAGACUAGAAAGAGUAGAGCUCCAGAUUCCAAAUAGUUGUUGAGAAAUAAAUUAUCAAUGAUCAUGCAAAAUGGUUGCCUUUUACUGAGGCGUGAUUGUCAGAUGUCUGUAUCCCUCAGUUAUUCAUACUUUAAAAACAUGCAGUCUGUGCAAAUGGUUAUAGAAUGGUUCAAUAGAGGAAAAUCUAAUGUGGGCAUAUUUUUUUCAGCCUCAUUCUUUCAUAAAUUCAUUGAGAUAUAUAUACAGCUAACUUGUGGAAAUGGAUAUCAUAUCACCCUUACAUAACUCCUUGUUAAAAUGACAAAAUGUUUUAUACUGUUAUAAUGUCUACUUGAAACAUAUAUCCUAGUCUUUGUCCACUAGAGUCUGCUGGUCUGGUUCAGUGUUCCAGAAGAAAAAGGACACUGUUGCAAACCUCUGCCCUGUUUUAAACCAAACACAAAGCUUUUUAAUAUAUGAUUGUUUUGGGGAUGUGCAAGAUUAUAUUUCCUAUGGUUUAUAGCUGUGAAAUGUCACCCCCCCCCCCCUUUCCUGUGUUCAAAGAGUGUAUUGCAUCAAGAUAUGGUCCAUAGUCAGGAUUAAGAAUACAUUGAUUUGAACCAUGAAGGAAUUCCAUAUGGAUGAUAACCUGGUGCAAAUAUCAACAUUAUAUCACUAUGCUUUAUUUGUGAAUGUGUCAUGAGUGUACAAUUUUGCCCACAUGACUUUUCAUUCUUGAAGAAUUUUGUUAAUUUAAUUUUUAUACAUACUACAUUCAUAUUUGGGACAAAAAUGUACUCUGUGUGUGUUCUUUGCAUUCAGUAUAGUUACUGUAAAUUAACUCAUUUUUAUUUCAGUCAUAUUUAUUUCAGAUAAGUGUUAAUCCCCAAACUGGCAGCCAAUUUUGGAAUAUCUUUUGACCCCUGUAAACUAUGCAUGAUACCAUGUCUAAAAUUCAGUUUUAUUGAUCUUAAUACACAGACCGCCUGAAGGACAUUUGAAUAAAAUUUGAAAGCCUGUGAAACCCCUAAAUACUGGUUGAAUUGUGAUGGAGGGAACCUCAAAUAAGACCAAAAUAUGUCUAAGGUUUUAUUGUAUUAUUUUAGAGGUUUGAAAUAUUCUUAAUAGAAAAAUAACUUGAACAGAAGUUGCAUUAGGCAUUAUGAAUGCUCAGCAUUUUUAGUUGUCUGACAACAGGGAACUAAUUGGUUUAAGUAGCUACUGCUUUGUUAUUUAAAACAUUUUGUUUAUAUGAUGGCUUUUUUUGUUUGUGGUUUAAUCACUUAUUGCUUAAUUGAGAGGAACAAACUGGUGAAGAGUGCUCCCCAUGACACCUCGUUUGGAGGCCUGUUUUUCAUUUGGAAUGGUCUCAGAGGCCUCAAUGCUUGUCUGAUCUGUGGGGUUACCUUUAUGUUCCCAAAGGAGAACUGAGGAUUACUUAAAAAACUUAGUUCAAAUCUGUUAGUUGGAUUUUGAAAUGGCUACAUGGAAGACCUCAUUAGUGCCACUGUCUUCUCACUGUGACUUUGUUGUUCAAGUGCUUAAUGAGAAAGUCUUUGUAUUAUCCCCUGCUGGGGUGUUUAGGGUUGUUAAAUGGCAAUUUAAACAGAUGUUAAGAAAUAAAAAGCAGUCAAUGCUGUGUUGACAUAACAAACAGUCAGGAAAUAUGCUGUCAUUCACCCUGCAUUUUAUUCAAAAGGAGUUUUUCUGAUCUCUUUUCAUACUGAAGUUUUAUUUAUUUUGCUUAAUCUCCAUGGUUUAUAGUCACUUAAUUUACAUUUCUGUUCGAUUUUUCUGCCAAAAAACAAAAAAAAAAAAAAACCUUGUAGCGAAAAGUUGAAAAUGCCUGUUGAGUGUUUGAUUUUAGAAUUGUAUUCCCAAAGAUGUGCAUAAGUUCCAAAAAUAAAGACCUGAAUGAUUUCUAGGAAACUA